AUGCAGCAGAAUGCGUCGAACGCGCGCAAUGGCACGUCAACGAGCGGUGCCAGGUGCCAGGUGCCAGACCUGUACGAGACCGGUGCCAGUCUGCCAGUCUGCCAGAUCGUGGAGGAUCCUCUCGUCCCGGUUCCGGCAGUGGAAGCUACUUCCCCGUCCUGCUGCUGCCAUCGUCGUCGUCUGGAAAGAGGGUGGAAGGUGGUCGGUGGCAGGUGGGAGGCGCAAGGUGGAAGACCAGGUGGAGACUGGCGAGUGCAAAGUGGAAAGAGCGCUGUCGGUCGUGGUGCGCUGCUCAUGCUAAGUGUCUGCAUGCUGCCCGUCCCCGUCCUGCCUGCUGCUGCGAAAGGCCACAGACAGACAGCCUGA